AUGUACAAUAACCAGGUAGAACUCGAAGAAGCGAUGCGAGAUGCAGAGCGCCAAGCAAGCCAGGCCAGAGCCCUCGAGCAGCCCGACCUGUACCCAUACCAACGAAGCACUAUGCCACACCGACCAGCACCACCCGGUAUGCAUCUCGGCUACCCUGAUCAAAUGGUGCAGUACCACCCGUUCGCACAACAACCUUCGCAACCAACACACCAGCUUGGCUCUUACUCUUUCGGAUACCAACCCGCUCCAAACGUCUUCGAGUAUCCUGGAUAUCAGCCUCAAAUUCAGCCAGCAGAAGCUCGGUCACAAAAUCAGAACACGUCCAUGUCGAUGAACAUGCUGCAACUGCAGCAGUUCGCCAUGGAUAUGGGCCAGCAAGAGCAGUUGGCUGCGCAGCCAUCUGCCACCCCGUCGCAAUCGUGUUGCUCGGGAAAUAGAACCCAACCGCCUUCUCAGUCUUAUAUGGGAGCAACACCAUCUGCUUUCAACCUACCUGGUCCAGCUCCUAGGUUACAGUUCCCGUGCCAAAGUUGUGCCUCCUUCCAGUGCACAUGUAUAACCUGUCCAGAGGUCAGACAGGUCUCAAGUGGUGCCUGGCAACAAAGCUGCGGUCGUGGUGGCCACAUUGACAACAUGGUUCUGCCUAAGCAGGAGUAUUCCNNCUCCUUCCAAGGGCCUCAAGGGGUCUUCCAAGAGUCUCAGGGUUCCUUCCAAGGUUACGAAGGGCUUCAAGAUCGUCCGCAGGACUACGCACUCAUGAGUAGGCUUUCUGAACAACAACAUGCCUCACAGUCCACUCUGGAAGUCCCACAAUUUGCUACUGCCGAGCAGGCCUUCCAAACCCAACCUGCUUUCGACAACACGCCUAUCGGCUUUACAAACAUCACGGACUUUGACAUUGACCAGGCUUUGUUCGACCUUCAGAACACCACGCACAUGAGUGCCGCACCCACCAUGCCAGUCGAUUUUACGAACAUCCAGCCUAUGGUCUCUGAGCCCAUGCCUUCCCAGGACGCCUUGCAGGUCAACGGCGCAGAGCAUGCACACCUUCCUGCUCAUAUUCAGCAAAUAUUGUCCACCAGUAAGCGUUUUGAAGAACUUUCUGCCUCGCCAGAGGCAGUCUCCGAUAAUACCGUUGAUCCAAGAUAUCUUGGUGUUGGUCCCCAACAGCAAUAG